CAGAUAACAGAGCACACAUCUUCACUUCUGCCUCUGACCACAACGACUGAAGCUCACCUCAGCUCUGAGAGAUCAGUCCAGUAACUGCAGCCACACAAUGUUUCCAAAUACUUCUCUGCCCACCCACACACUCAAGUCUUCUAAGGAUGACCAGGCGGUGGACAUUGAUGCCAUCAUGGACAAUGUCAGCAUCAUCCUGUACACACUGACUGUUGUACUCGGCAUCACAGGGAACUCUGUGGUGAUCUGGGUGGCUGGAUUCAAACUUAAGCCAAAGGUCACCAACGUGUGGUUGGUGAAUCUGGCGAUAGCAGACCUGAUCUUCUGCUUUACACGAGUUUUCUCUCUCACUAAGAAGCUCUUCUUUGAGCACUGGCCUUUUGGUCUCUUCGUCUGCAAGUUCAAUGGCUUCUUCAAAUAUGCCAACAUGUUCUGCUCUGUCUUCCUGCUGGCUGUGAUCAGUCUGGAUCGAGUGCUCUGCAUCUGGCAGCCCAUCUUCACAAAGCGUCGACGCACCAUGUGGGUAGCGAGGAUGGUGGCGGUCUGCGUCUGGAUCGCAGCGAUCCUCUUCAGCAUUCCCUACUUCAUCCAUCGCCAAGUCUACCUGGGCAAGAAGAACCUAAGUAAGUGCUCUGUGGAUCCGAAGGAGAAGGCAGAGGGGUACAACAGCACCAAAGCUGCUCUCUACUCCAUCCGCUUCCUGUGUGGCUUCAUAUUUCCCUUCAUGGUGAUUCUGGUCUGUUAUAUCUUGGCCGCUGUAGGAAUCAGACGCACCCGCCUCUCAGGGAAAUCCCGCCCCCUGCGUAUACUCGCAAGUUUGGUCAUUGCCUUCUUCCUGUGUUGGGCACCUUACCAUUGCCUCUUACUGGUGAAGAUGGUGGACAAUAAAAAUGCAGUGGUGAAAAUCUGGUACCCUGUAGCAAAGGGUGUUGCCUACUUUAACAGCUGUGUGAACCCAUUGUUGUACUUCUGCAUGGGGCUAGAUGUGAGGGGGCGAUUCAGGCAGAGUCUGAUGGGUGUUUACAAAAGAGCUCUGGCAGACGAUGUUGAUGGACAGACAUCUCACUCCAACGAUCGCUCUUUGGAUGAAACCUCGGUGUCAAAGCACAGCACUCUCAUAGCGGAGGGAUCAGGUCUGACAGCAAUGGGUGUGGCUAAAGUUUAAGUUUUCCCUCUAUUGAUCCUGAAGCUUGGUAAAUGGCCUGCAUGGUAAAUGGCCUGCAUUUGUAUAGCGCUUUUCUAGUCCAUAGGACCCCA